AUGCCGAAGCGGGAACGACUGGCUGCUCGAUGUGUCGCUUUGGCUUCAGAGACUUGUUUGAAGGCAGGCUGGGGACGCGCGUGUCGCGCGUGGAUCGUUCGAUCGAGACUGCUGUCAAUGGCCGUCACUGGAUACGUGUCAGUGUUCGAUGGGAAGACCGUGCACCUGUGUGCGUGUGUUAUUUGCAACGACGACCGACUUGUCGCUCGCAGAAGGAGCCGCGCAGGUUCAUUCAAAGGAGGUCUCUACCCCAAGUCUGUCCCAAGAAAAUCACGAGGAGUCUGCUGGACAUUGACCAAGCAGACAGGACUCCCCCUUGAAGUUGACGCGCAGCUUGCAGCUCCUGAGGUCUUGACCGUCGCGUGCUACACUCGAGGGAGCUGA